CUUAACCUGCUAACAUGCUAAAUCAAAACAUCUUUUUCCGACCAAAGCACAACUUUACAUGUAAAUUAAUGACAGUCGUCAUUUAGCAGCAGGUAAUCGGUUUACACGCUCGUGCUUUCGUGCAAUGUCAAGACAGGUCCUGGAAGUUACGGAGAGGAAGAAAUGUCUGUUAUUGAUAGUUGACACAACAAGCAGCACCUGUUCUGAAAAGUUUGCAAAAAAGUUUUAAAUAAGCAGGUACCUGUAGGUGAAUUGAGGCAUUAUAUACGUCAACCAACAUUUGAACAUGAUAAAGCAUUAGUGAGACCUUUUUUUUUGUUGUUUUAAGAGGUGAGACUGGAUUCAGCAACACUAACAGAUGACUUUGGUGUGCAGAACCUCCCUGGGUUUGGUUCUCCUAUGAGACUGUACUGUGUUCUCCUCCAUCUCCUGCUGCUGCUGCAUCUCCCAUGACCCUGGCAGUGGUGGAAGUCAGUGCUCCAGAGCCAGGAUGUUAGUGUGUGUGGAGGUUUACCUGACCAGACUGCUGCUGAGCUGCAGGAGCUCGUCCAGGAUCACACAUGUUGGCUCGUUUCAUCCAAAGCGCCUUUUCAGUUCCUUCUGCAUUUUUCCUUCAAGAUUUGAUUGCACUCACACUCGGAGCCUUAUUCUUUGUAGCACACAUUCAGUGGUUUACUCGGCCAGGUUCAGCAGGAGCUGCAGUGAUGUCUGCUCAAACACACUCAGCUGUCAAACAACACCUGUGUCAAGAUUCCUGUCCCCAAGGCCUGAGUCUGCAGGGGUGAGGAAGGAGACCCUGCUCCGAGGAGGGGCCGCCUGGCCUGUGCCUUUUAUCCGCAGAAGAGUGACGGACGUCCCUCUUUCCAGUGCGUCUCCAACCUUUGUAGUGAUGAAGUUUGACCAAGAGGGAAAUGUGACAUCAUUUGAAAAGAAAAAGACAGAGCUUUGCCAGGAGCUGAGUCUGCAAGCCAGAGACCUCCGCUUCCAACACAGCACAACUCUCACCGCUAGAAAUAACUGCAUAAUCAUACGAAUGGCGUCUUUGAAGGCCAUCUUGACUCCCCAGUCCCUUCUGGUAUUGGAUUUUCGUGGUCUGGGUCUGGAGCGCUGGUUGGUACUGGACCUUGCUCCUCAGCUCGCUUCACAGACACACUCUCUACCUUUUGAGUUCAGGGCACUGGAGGCCAUUCUACAGCACAAGGUGAACACGUUACAAACCCGUUUGAAUGAUGUUGAGCCAGUAAUAUUGGACACCCUGGAAUCCCUCGUUGAUCCCAAAAUCCUUUCCGCUGAUAGAAGUAAGCUACAUAUAUUGCUGCAGAACAGCAAGAGUUUAUCAGAACUGGAAACAGACAUAAAGGUUUUUAAGGACUCCUUGUUGAAGAUCUUGGAUGAAGAUGAGAUCAUUGAGGAGCUCUGUCUCACAAAGUGGACGGAUCCAAGGGUGUUCGAGGAGAGCAGUUUGGGUAUUGACCACGCUGAGGAGAUGGAACUUUUACUGGAGAAUUACUACUUGCAGGCUGAGGAGCUGGGGAACAAGGCCAGAGAGCUGAAAGGACUGAUAGAUGACUCAGAGAGUGUUAUUUUUAUCAAUCUGGACAGCCACCGUAACGUGAUGAUGCGUCUGAAUCUGCAGCUGACGAUGGGCUCCUUCUCCCUCACCUUGUUUGGGCUGAUCGGUGUUGCCUUUGGAAUGAAUUUGACAACAGCUUUUGAAGAUGAUCCUCGUGCAUUUUGGCUGGUAACAGGGUUCAUGUUCCUGGGCAGCGGGUUGAUAUGGAGACGACUCUUGUCAUUUUUGGGACGACAUCUGGAGCCUUCAAUUCCCCCACCGAUCCCUCCAGUGUGGAAGAGAACUAUGAAACCAUCAGACAUCAAACCUGGAGUCAGAUGAAGCUCUACCGCCUCUCGGUAAUAUACCACGGACUCUGCAUCUGCAAGGACAAUAGCCAUCUUCAGCUCCUUCCUUUAACUAGUAAAGUUCUUUAUGUCACUCUUCCAUGACCACAACACAGGUUGAGACGUCCUCUCCACGUCUGGUGGCUCUACUGUACUUUGUCUGCGUCAGUCUCCAACAUCCUAUUUUUGCACUUUGUUGUGAUUAUAACAGGUGCUUUACUGGAUGGAUUUAUUUAUGUAUACAUAUAUAUAUAUAUACACACAAACACACACACAAGCCUGAAAAGACUUUUACUUCAUCAUUGUUUCAUAGGUGUGGUGGUAAAUGGUCGUACUGGAGGUGAAACACCUCUCCAUCUUACCUCCCAGUUGAAAUGUCCUUCAUUUCAAAGGUGAAGAACUGUGCUUCAAAGAUAGAAUUCUAUUAUUUAAAUGAACCUGAAACUUAUACAUGUGUUUGUGAUGUUAAGAAUGUCCUUUAUUCUCUCUAUGUACAUCAGAAAGGCUUUAUUUUUUUUUAAACAGAAUAGGUUAUAAAGUUCAACAUGUAGGUUCUAGAAAACAAGAAUUUUUCCAGUUUUAGGAUAACAUGGACUGUAAUUGUCAACACAUUAAAAGCAAUGAAUAACAGGAACUGUUGUUGGGGAACAAUGAAAAAGCUGUCACAGCAGUUUGUGUUCAUUAUAUAAUUGUCAUAUUGAAUCAGUGUUAUCCAAAUAUGAUAGCAUUGUGGUGUGAUGGUCAGCACUGUUGCCUCCUAGUUUGAAAGUUACAAAGCACGCCAUGUGGCUUUGCUGGUUUUCUCACCAUCGUCUCACUUCCUCUCUGUCUGAAAUUGUCUGUUUGGUUGUUAUGUUAUUCUAAAUUACUCCAGACAAAAUUAAGUGGUGGAUUUAUAAAGUACUGUGCUUAAUAGACAACUUACUCCUGUUAUGGUAAUGAUGAAACGUCCAUGACAAGAUUUAAGCGGUACAUAUAAAAGGAAGCCAUAUAAAGAAGGGGGGUAGUGUUAUCUGGAAAAAAAAUGCCAAUAUGAAGUUACUGAAUAAAACAGACUGUUAUUAAAAGGUGUAUUAAAAGUUGAGCAGUUAAUGCACUUCAGGAGGAUGGCCAGUCAGGGAACAUUUAAGAUGAUGGACAGGGCAGGGAAGUAAACUUUACAGGUCCAUUAGCUCCUUAAAAUUAUUGACCAGUAUUGAUACAGUAUUUGUAACCCUAGGUUGUCUCUUUUUUUUUUUUUUUUUUUUUUUAAACCUACUGCUUAUAAAUUUGCAUGUAUUGUAAAUAAGAAUAUUGUGUUAACUUUAAUACUAACUGCAUUAAAUUAAAGAUGUUUAGAAAUAAUUGCAAUACAUUUUUAAAAGGAAGUAAGGACAUUUCUCUUGAUAUAAAGGAAGCACAACUAGACGGUUCUUGUUCAAGUCUCAGCUGGGGAAUCUCAUGUUCUCUUGUGCUUGUAUGAGUUUUUCUUCCCACAGUCCAAAAACACCUGUUUUUGGUGAUUUUAAUUAAACUUUAGGAGGGAGUGUGAGCGUCCAUGGGUAACACUAUGAUGGACAUUGAACCUGUCCAGGGUGUACUUACUUUUGCCUAUUGAAUUAAGCUCCAGGAGACCAUGAACAGAAUUAGGGCAGGUGCAAAAAAAAGACAGAUGCUCAAAACAUAAAUGAUUUAAACGGGUGUUCUUAAACGGUAUAGUUGAUUUCUUUUUUAAUUGUUUUGCGUGGCUGUUGUAACUGUCAUCCUUCACCAGAGGGAGUCGCCUCCACAGAACAUCUUCUCCUGAAUAUGCAAUGUACAGUAUGUUUAUGUGACGCUAUUGUUACACAAGAUGUGACUUUUUGUCUUGUUUCUUAUGGAGAAAUACAGUGUAAUCGAAGUUG